AUGAACUCAAAGAAGGAAAAAAGUAGAGUAGAAUCUCGAGCAAAGGAGGAAAAACCCACGAGCUAUGGAGGAAAAUAUGGAAGUGAUGCAUGGAAAAAAGACUCGAAGUGGAAACCCGCCUUUAUCACAGCUGGGGAGAGGAAGCCCACUGUGUUAUCAAACAAAGAAGACGAAGACAGCAAUAUUGAACAGUCGGAAGAAAAAGGAAACUUGCCCCCUACAGAACCAGCUCCUGAUAUAUUUGAUGAUUUAGACUCCAGCAUCUUGUCGUCAGAGUCCGACAUUAAUUCCCCACCACCCUCCGUAAGCCUUUCACAGACUGUCUAUACAAAAGCAUGUAAUAAGUUGGGUCUAGUGCCCUCAACGUAUUUCUUCAAACACUUGACAGAGGUGGCUCUGGUUAUGCCUCAUCAUGGUAUCGGACCAAGAGGAGCAAAAGCUGUAGCUAUAGCACUUGUUCCGAACCAGACCAUUAAAACGCUUGACCUCUCAAGUAAUGCUAUUGGAAGCGAGGGACUAUCACAUAUACUUGACAUGUUGUCUGGCAACACGUCCAUCAAAGAGUUGAAUAUAUCCGGAAACGGUUUGCUUUCGGCUGGAGCCAAAAUGCUCAAGGAAGAAUUAUCUUGUCAUCGCUCUCUAACAAGUUUAGAUAUAUCAGCGAAUGGUUUCAAUGAAAAGGACGCCGAUGAAAUUGCUGAUUUACUUAUAGAUAAUUCUACAUUGAGACACCUGGCUGUCGGACACAAUACAUUUUCAGAGGGAGGAGGUGCAGCUUUCGGAAAAGCUUUAGAGGAAAACUCAAGCCUCCAGUCAUUAGAUCUACGAUGGAAUCAUCUGCGACAAACUGGUGCUGUUUCUAUAUGCUGGGGCCUCUAUAGUAACAACACACUAAAAUCCCUGAAUCUGUCCUGGAAUGGUUUUGGAAUGGAAGGCUGUCAUGAGAUGGGAAAGGUACUCAUGCGUAACCGCGGUCUGACAGAGUUGGAUUUGACCGCGAAUCGUGUAGGACUAGACGCUUUCCGCCAACUUCUUAGAGGAAUUGUCAGGAACCGAAAACUGCGAACAAUAAGGAUUGGCAUCAACCCAAUAACAACGGACGGUGCGACAGCCAUACUUCGAGCUGUCUGUGCGUCCGAUUCUAACCUGACGGAGAUUGACAUGACGGACGUUUCGGUCGACAAUGACUUUGUAUCACUUCUACAUGAGGUUCAGAAACAACGACAAAUGAAAGUGACGUAUGGUAAUCUGUUACGUCACGACGAGAUACGUCGCGGGAACGCUAGCUGGGUACUGGAUAGUGAUGAUCCAGUGGCAAUCUUGUUUGAAUACAUGAAGCAGAAGAAUUUGCGUCUGAUCGACCUCCUCCACAAUCUGGACAAGGACAACAGCGAGACACUGUCGAGGGACGAGCUCCAGAUAGGUCUGUCGAACAACGACAUUCCUCUGAGCAGUAGAUCUCUGGAUAUUUUGAUGAAGCGCCUGGACACAAACAACGAUGGACAUAUCACAUUUGAGGAACUUGCUGCAAAACACAAGGAUUACGUAAGGCGAGCGACAAGACUACGUGUGCAAGCUGAUGAAAGUCUUAGUCACUACAAAAGUUUUGAUAAAUUGGAGCAGAUACGAGAGGCCGUCAAACUCAAGAUAGCUCUUAGUGUCACCAUAAGGCCAAACGCUACCAACAAGUGA